AUGUUGCACUUUAUAGAGCUGACGAUUUACACGGUAGAUGAACAACGUAACAUGCAAAAGUGGGGUGCUGCGGCUGUGAUUCAUUCACUGCACGGGCGGGCAGUGGAGGUUCACAGCCUCCAACCACCCCUGUCACUUCUUUCCCAGGUCAGGUCUUCUGUAACACCACUGGCUAUCACCAAGAACAAAAGGGACGGCAAGGCCGGCCAGGAACACAAGAUUCUGAGCCUACAGCCUUCUUUGCAUCAUUUAUCGCAGCAAUGGGGUUUCUCUCUCCCCCCAAACGCCCCAGCACCUCUUAGCAGACCAGCUCAUCCAACAUCCUUCCGAACACAUGGCGAUGACGACGUCGCUGAAGGCCUCUUGCAAAGGCGAUCCGCCGAAGUGGCUCAAUUGCGACCUAAGAGUGGCCUCUCACGAGCUUUCUCAUCCAGCAAUCUCAAAAAGGGCAAGCACUGGGAUACAAAAGAGAUAUUGAAUGUCUUGAAUUCUUGGGUCGAUAGUUCAGGCUCACCUGGCGUUGCUGAGGCUCUGAUUGCAAAAUUGGCCGCUGCAGGCGUUGAUCUGAGUGGCAUGCAAACACAAAAGCAGGGCAUACUAAAUAGACGGAAAAGCGUUGAAAACGGCCUCGAUCGGACUCGUCUGCUGAAAUCCGCCAUUGAACGAGACCAGCAUGACAUGGUCCACGUUCUAAUACCACAUGCCGACCCAUUGACUCUCGAUAUUUGCCUUCCAGCGGCAGUAAGAACACGAAACCCACGAAUUGUCGAGACUUUGCUGAGGUACGGAGCAAGUGCGGCAGCAACCGCUGAAGGACAGGACGAAUUCCGCAAAGCUUGUGCCGCCCCGGCCUUGUCAGAGAUCGCCUCACUCAUUCUUAGAUCCGACGGACGACCGUCGGAAAUUUGCGUAUCACAAGCGCUAACAGACGCCUCGAGAGCACAAUGUUUCGAUACUGUCUUACAUCUGAGUCGCUCCACAGCAGACUGCAACUACAACAAUGCCGAGGCGCUCAAAAUUGCUAUUAACAAUGAGCGAAGAGACAUUGCAAUGGCCAUUGCUACAGGAAACAAGCCACCCCAGAAUCCUGGCCUCGCCGAGGCUUUCCAGCAGCUCAUGGAUAACACGAAUAUGAACCCAAAGUCAAAACUCGACUUUGCCGAGCUAUUGCUUUGCUGUGGUGCCCAAGGACCAAUACUAGAGCGAUCUCUCGAGAUGGCUUGUGACUCUCAAUUCUUUGAGAUGGCAGACCUUUUGGCUCGCUAUGGUGCCUCUGUAGAACACAAUGAUGCUUCUGCUUUGAAGGCUGCUAUAUCAAAAGGCCAGGUCAACCUGGUGAGCUCUCUCCUCAACGGAUCUUCCAAAAUUGAUCCUGCACUGGCAUCAAGCUGCGUCCCUCUCAUCCCUCAACAAGCAGACCCGGGGAUGCGACAGGCAUUGCUUUAUUCAUUACUGAAGAGAGGGGCCAAUGGGCCUGUUCUAAACGAUUGUCUCAUGCAUGCCGUCAAAGCGGGUGAUGUUCAGUCAGUUGAGCUUCUACUUAAUCCUCACUUUCGCGAACCACCGAGCGAACAACCGAAUGGCCAUGGAAAGCCGCGCAUUAGUAACCGCCAUGCUGUGGCAUCACCUGAUCACCAUGAGGGAGAAGCCUUGCGCUAUGCAAUUUCGGCAGGAAACGCAGACCUGGCUGCCAAAAUUCUUGCCGCGAGGCCCUCGAACGAGACACUUACCGCAAUAUUCCCUUUAGUCAAAAGCCUUCCCAGUUCAGAACGGUAUCGUAUGGUUGAGCUGUUCCUAAGGGGAGCAAUGACUGGUCCCGCUUUGCAUGUCGCUUUGCAAGACGCAAUCAGCGAGGAUCCCUCUCAGAGAGACGAUGCGCUUAUUAAUCUUUUACUCAAGUACGGCGCGGACAUCAACUAUGACGAAGGCGUUGGGCUUCACAGCAUUAUCAAUCAGAUGGACCUUGGGCUAUUCAAUACCUUGAUGCAGAAUGCAUCACCUCAAACAGCAGCGGCGCGUCUCGCAGAUGUCAUGAAGAUUGAGAAUCGUCAAGUGCGAAACGAGAUGUUGUCAAUACUAUUCAAAGCGCGCGCAAGUGUUGGAGUGCAGCAGGUGGCAGAAGCAUUACUUACGACUCUCGAAGAAAGGCCUGUAGAUAUGCCUCUGCUCCGCCUUAUUCUGCAACAGGGAAAGGCAGACAUAAACGGCUGCAAAGGAAAUAUUCUACAAAGGGCGACACAGAAUCCGGACCACAAGGUCCUGGAAUUGGUCCUCAGUCUAGGUAAACACAACCACGACACGAUAUCUAUUUGUCUUGAUAGUUUGGGUACCCUUUCGCCAACCGAGGGCAAGGCAUUGAAGCUUGGUGUGAUUAUGAACAUGUCACCCAGGAAGCUCAACCUGGACAGUCUCUUGGUGCAGGAAGUCCAAGCUCUCGUUCAGGAUGAAACAGGCCAAGCCUCUUUUGCAAUGCUGAACAAGCUUCUGGACUCUUGUGCGGAUCCGAAUACUCACAAAGCGAGAGCACUGUGUUGUGCGGUUGCUGCAGCCCGGGAGACAGUAGUCGAUGCCCUGAUGGGUUGUCAAAGGCGACCAACGGAGACGUCCCUGGCUGCUGCACUUCCUCAUGCUUUGAAAAUCCCGGAACCUAUGAAUCGGUUGACUUUUACGAAGACCAUAGUGGAAGCUGGAGCCCCAUCUCGGGAAGUCAACAGAGCUUUGAUUCAUGCCAUCAACAACUUCAAUUCAGAUAUUGCUCUCAUUGGUAUUCUGGCCACUUUUGCAGAUGCCUCUGAUGGGGAGGCUCUCGCACUGGCUGUUUCCAAAGAGGCCCCUGAAACUCUCGAUCUUCUUCUUUCACGUGUCAAGCAUUCUUCCGAGAGCAGAGAUUCUUGCCUGGAGAAAGCAAUGAAGAUCACUGACUGGACAUGCAGACUUCAGAUCUGUAAAAGAUUGGCAAAGGCGGGAGUUACACCCCAAGCCGCCUCAAACGCUCUUCUUGUUGCAGCGCGAGAUGGAGACCUGGAACUUGGGGACGUACUGAUUGCUUAUGGAGCCAGUAUAUCAACCAACGGAGGCCAGGCUAUCAUAGAGGCAUGUCGGGGAGGCUCUGUCGAGGUUCUUGAUGUGCUCCUCAAGUCCAAUACUGAUACCGAAAAGUCGACUCUGGAGCGAGGUUUCCAGGCUGCUACAGAAGUUGGGGAUUUGAACAAGAGAGCAAUGAUAUUCCAGCGUCUGUUGAAGAGAGGCGUCUCUGGAGAUGUUGUGGACAUUCAGCUUGUUUCGGCUGCCAAGUCCGGCGAGGACGGACAUGAAGUUCUGCGUGUGCUUUUGGCGGCGGGCGCAGAUCCCAACUUUAGCAACGGCGAGGCGGUCGUCGCGGCCACUAAAAGCGCAUUCGUCGAUGGCCUUGAGUUGCUUCUAGGCUUGUGGCACAAAGGCGGCAAUCAGAAAAAGCCAUCCCCUCCGACUUUGAUACGGGCUCUGAAGGCCUGCUGGAAGUUGAACCCAGACACUAGACUAGACAUCAUCAAGGACCUGUUCAAGGCAGGCAUACCGAUUGCGGAUGAAGUCCACAUAGCUUUGAGCAAAGCUGUUAGUGAGGAUGAGCCGGAUGAGCGACUUAUCAAGGUCUUGCUUGAUUCUGGAGCAUCGCCUCUUGCUAAUGAUUGCUGUGCGCUGACUCGAGCUGUGCAAGGUGCAAAGGUGUCAUCUGUUGAAUUGAUAUUGACUUGUGAAUUCCCAGAAGACGCUAUACUCGCCGCCUUUGCCAGUGGAUUUUCGGACGUUUUAUUUACCACAUGGUUCUCUGCAAGUGGUCUUGCUAUUGCGAAAAUGCUUCUCACCAAGGGUGCUAAAGGAGAGUGUGUAAGCCGUGCCCUUGUGCAGGCCAUGAAGGACAGCACGGAUGAAACGGAAUCUUUGGCUGAUGCGUUCGUCGAACUUUUCGUCUCGUUCGGCGUCGAUGUCGAUUUCGAAGACGGGCAGCCUCUUGUGUGGGCAGCUUCAAAGGGUAAUGCUUUUUGGACAGGGAGACUUCUUACCUGCAAACCGUCACCGAGGACUCUCACGCUUGCUUUUGAACGCGUCUUUGACACCGCACGAUCACCUGACGAGGUAUUGAAGCUAUUUGAACUGUUUUCGGGAUACAGGGAUGGAGAAGUUGGACUCGAUGUCAUGACACGGAGCGCAGGAUCAGACCCCAUUCUUGUCAGGGCGAUUUCUCAGUAUCCACGAUCGACAGAGCUAUUGCAGGUACUGCUGGAUGCUGGCUUCUAUCACGACCAGACUACAACAUACCGCCUUCACGAAAGUGUGGACGAUCCCGAAGAAGUAACGGUUCUGCUUUGGGCAAUUGCUCAGCCCCAAAAGAAGGUCAGCUCGGCAUUGAUCAAGAUGUUGAUUGAACGUGGUGCCAACGUCAAUUUUGAGACGGCGAUCAGCCGAUCUACACCACUUAUGAUAGCCAUUCAAACUCGUCGACCCGACAUCGUCAAAGAACUUCUGAUAGAAGGUGCUAAUGUCGACAUCACCGAUGCUAUGGGCCGAACGCCUCUAGCGAUGGCAACUGACAUCGGAGGUGAUCUUUCGACUCGCAUGAUGGUCAACUUGCUUGCCAUUGACAAGUCGAAGGACGAUGGAUCCCUACACAACGCUGCGAGAGAACUCAACUUGGCAGCUGUAAAUGUUCUUGUGGAAAAUGGACACCAUCCCGACUUUCCCAGUCCACUACACGAUGGAAGAUCAGCUCUGGGCGAAGUCUGUCUCCGCGGCGCAGGCUCCUGUUCAGGAACGCUCACUGCGGAUGGAGAGAAGCUGAUGCAGAAAAUCAUGGCCUCUUUGGUUUAUGCCGGGUCAGAUAUUAGCCUGCAUUCGCACGGGAAAUCCGCACUGCUGCUCUGUUUUGAAUCCAGUGACCCUAUUGCGACGACCCGAAGCUUCUUAAAGGUGGCUAUGUGGAAGGAGAUCAACAGACCAUUCAACCACUACUCUGAUGGCGAAUUUACUUAUUCUCCGACUAUGUACGUCAAGAAAGUGAUGCCCGAGUCGGACACUCGGGACCAGCUUCUUGCCCUACUUCGGGCGAACCGGGCAGUGGAUGUAUACUACGCCAACUCUGGCGACCAACCUGACGAUGCAAUCGGCUUACCUAGUGAUAUGGCCGUCCAGGAACGCGAACGGAAAGCCAGAUUACGACGUCUGGCCCUUGAGACAGAAGACCACGCGAUCGCAAUCGCUCGGGCAAAGGAAGUUGCGAGCGUGGAAAGUGAGAUAUGGAAUAAAAAGGCCGAGAUUGAGGAUGCCCGUCGCCGCCGAUUGUACAAUGAGGACAUCAACGCGGCGCGACAAAAAGCCGAUCUAGAGGAGUCGCUCUUCAACGCCUCAUUAAAGAGACGCCUUUCAGAGCAGCACAAGCUGACACAGUCAAGCCUGGAGCGCACAAAGUUGAUCGCUGCGGCUGAGCUCACAGCUGAAGAAACGCGACAGCAGAAGAUGCUUGAAUGGGAGUCUACCAUGAACUCGGAGAGGGCAAGCAAUGCCCAGGCGCUCAGCAGUUUGCGUAUUAGUGAACGAGAGGAACUAGAUCGAAUUGAGAGAGGUGCAGACGACAGGAUCAAGAGGAGACUGGAAGCACAGAAGAAACUGGUCGAAACUCAAGAGAGGCUGGCAAAACGGAUCGGAAAUGUUCCCGGAGGACCUGAUGCCAGGAGGCAGAUUGGAUAUGUGGAGGAGGUUAACUAA